GGCGUCCUCCUCUCCCCGGCGACGCCGCGAUCUGAAGAAGCUUCGCUCUUCCUCGGCCAUGGCGGUAGCCCUCGUCUAAACCCUAAACCCUAGCCUAGGGUUUCCUCCCCCUCUACCCUCUCUCUCUCCUUCUCUCCCUUCGAUCCUCGAUAGAUUCAGAAUGGGCUCGUCUCCUCGCUUACCAAUCGUCGUCUUCUUCGUCUUCCUUUGCACUCUCCUCUCGGGGGCUCACUCGGCGCGCCAAGCUUUUCGGCGAGACCCCGGGCACCCGCAGUGGCACCACGGCGCGUUCCACGACGUCCAGGAUAGCGUCCGCGCCGAUGUGCGCCGCAUGCUCCACACGCGCGCCGAGGUUCCUUUUCAGGUUCCGCUUGAGGUUAAUAUUGUUCUUGUUGGUUUUAAUGGUGAUGGAGGAUAUAGAUACUCGCUGGAUGCACGGAAGCUUGAAGAUUUUAUGAAAACUAGUUUCCCAACCCAUCGCCCCUCAUGCCUUGAGACUGGGGAGCCUAUUGAUAUCGAACAUCAUAUUAUAUACAAUGCAAUACCUGCUGGGCAGCCUGAAUUGAUAUCCCUUGAAAAGGCUCUGAAGGAUGCAAUGGUUCCAGCAGGGACUGCCAGAGAGAGUGAAUAUGGCAGGGAAUUUCCUCUUUUCGAGGUAGAUGCAACUGUAGUGGAACCAAUAUUCCAAAAGUUGUACUCAUUUAUAUUUGACAUGGAAAGUGGUUAUUCUGCUACUGAAAUGGACAGACCAGUGCCUUCUGCAAUAUUUGUUGUGAAUUUUGACAAGGUCAGAAUGGAUCCUAGGAAUAAGGAAACUGAUCUUGACAGUUUGAUGUAUGGGAGAAUUGGUGGGCUAACAGAGGAACAACUGAAGAGACAGGAAGGAGAUUAUAUCUACCGUUAUCGGUACAAUGGUGGAGGAGCAUCUCAGGUUUGGUUAAGUUCUGGAAGAUUUGUUGUAAUUGAUCUUUCAGCAGGUCCUUGUACUUAUGGGAAAAUAGAGACUGAAGAAGGAAGUGUUAGUUACAGAACACUGCCUCGGUUAUCAAAUAUAAUCUUCCCGAGAGGUUCAGGUGCUGCAAGUCUUAGUUCAACACAUGAUCUUUUUAUGGGCCAACUCGGAGCUUUGAUUUCGACUACUAUUGAACACGUUAUAGCCCCAGAUGUGCGGUUUGAAACUGUUGAUUUGACAACAAGGUUGCUUAUACCUAUUAUUGUGCUGCAAAACCACAAUAGAUACAACAUCCUUCAAGCUGGCCACAACUAUAGCAUUGACAUCCAAACAAUUGAGAGAGAGGUGAAGAAGAUGGUCCACGCUGGGCAGGAGGUUAUGAUAGUUGGGGGUUCACAUGCAUUGCAUCGGCAUGAGAAGUUGGCCAUUGCUGUUGCGAAAGCUAUGCGAGGUCAUUCUCUUCAAGAGACUAAAAAAGAUGGGCGCUUUCAUGUCCAUACCAGAACAUACCUGGAUGGAGCCAUCCUUAAAGAGGAGAUGGAGCGUUCUGCUGAUGUGCUUGCUGCUGGUUUACUAGAAGUUGCUGAUCCAUCUCUCUCAAGUAAAUUUUUUCUUCGUCAGCACUGGAUGGAUGAAUCAGAUGAUUCACAAGAUUCUAUUAUCAAGAACAGACCUAUAUGGGAAUCUUACAUGCCUAAAUCUGACAGAGAUAAGAAACGUAGUGGAAAAAAGAAACAGGGGAACCUAUAUAGAACCUACGGAACCCGAGUUAUUCCCGUCUUUGUGUUAUCAUUAGCUGAUGUUGAUUCUGAUCUUCUUAUGGAAGAUGAGAGUCUUGUUUGGACAAGCAAAGAUGUUGUGAUCAUCCUUCAGCAUGGAAAUGAAAAGAUACCUCUGAGUUAUGUGUCGGAAACAGCUAAACAAUAUGCCUUUCCAUCAAUAGCACAGCGUCACAUUAUGGCAGGAUUAGCCUCAGCAGUGGGAGGGCUGAGUGCUCCUUACGAAAGAGCAUCACAUAUUCAUGAGAGGCCAAUUGUGAAUUGGCUUUGGGCUGCAGGAUGUCAUCCAUUUGGGCCAUUCUCAAAUUCCUCCCAGAUCAGUCAAAUGCUUCAGGAUGUUGCUCUGAGAAGCACGAUUUAUGCACGAGUGGAUUCUGCUCUCAGGAAGAUACGGGAUACUUCAGAGGCUGUCCAGUCUUUUGCUGCAGAGCACCUAAAAACCCCUUUAGGCGAGCCUGUGAAAGGCAAGAGAAACAAGACGAAGACCGAGCUUUGGAUAGAGAAAUUUUACAAAAAGAAAACCAACUUACCGGAGCCUUUCCCACACGAGCUUGUCGAACGCCUGGAACAGUACUUAGACAAACUCGAGGAGCAGCUCGUUGAUCUAUCAUCGUUGUUGUAUGAUCACCGGCUAGAGGAUGCCCAUCAAAAUAGCUCUGACAUACUUCAAAGCACUGUAUUUACCCAACAGUAUGUGGAGCGUGUAUUGGCCGCCGAGAAGGAUAAGAUGAAAUGCUGCAGCAUAGAAUAUAGUCAUCCCGCACAAUCCUCCCAGGCUUUUGUCUACGGGGGAAUCCUUCUCGCCGGGUUCCUCGUAUACUCUCUUGUUAUUUUCUUUUCUUCACCCGUCCGCUGAUUUAGAUAAUGCCUCCCUAAUGAAAGGGCUUUUUGCAAUUGGUUCUUCGUACAACAACAAGUGAUGUGAUCAGAGAACGCGCUUGUGUAGAAACAUUACUCUGAUAGGUCUUACACUAUGAUAGGAAUACUAUUCCCCAGUAUCGUAGUAGUGUAAGCUGUAAUUUAGGGGAGAAGCAUUCAAAAGUAUGGGGGUAAAGCAGAGCCAUAAUUCUAUACUAUAACUUUCCUCUUAUAUUAAUGUGGAAAAGAGAUUACACUCAACUUAAGACAUCAUGAGGAUAACUUUAUAAUAAGAUUGUCAACCAUUGAAUGAACA